AACCCAUACCUAGAUAAAUUAUGGAUCCCAAAGAAAUGGCGUUUGUGGCUCCUGGCCAGCCCCGGCGAUUCUGCUGACGUAGUUAUUUUCUGCGGUCGCACCUGGUGGUCGCUGCCACUGCGAUGCAGGUCUACGGUGUGACGUGGACAGCGUGCGGGAAGACGCCAUCCCCUUACGUCAUACUAUGCACACUGCACAUGUUUCUAGGACGAGAUGCGGGCUGCCCACCCGCUGGCCACCCGCCACGGGCUUACGGGGAGGCCCGCUUGUCUCUCGGCUUGGAUGUGGACGCCAACCUGCCGUUUGUGACGAGAUCGCCACCGAUGGGUCCGGCUGGUGCACCGACGACGAGGCCGCUGCCAUUGCAUUGGCGUGUGAAUUGCUACCCGGCCUCGUCGCCCCAGGAGAGAUGCCAGGAGACUCGAGAGGCAGAGGGCUAGAUGCCAUCGUGCGAGUCGGCAAGCUUUCACACGUGCUGGGCAUGGAACACUGGUUCAUAAAGCCGCGUCAAGGUCUCAACGGUCGCAAGACGGCAAAUGCUCAGCGCUCGAGAUGAGGGAAGCGACGAAGGUUGGUUCGCGUGGACCCUUCGCCGCGCGCAAACCAUCGUGCUCGCGUUGCGUUGUCUGAGCGUGUUACAUGCACUUCAACACAGGGUCUGGUGCUUAUGUUCUUAUGCGCUAGGGUUCCAUAAAUAUUUGUACAAACGGUGUUCGGCCAUAUGCUUGCCGCCUUAUGAAGACGGCACAAAUGUUAGAGUAGCAGGAAAAGGUGUCGAAGGGAAAAUCGUCGAGGGAUACAAAAUA